GGUGAACAGGCUAGCGUCCCGCUGGAAAUUACCGAAGACCCAUGGAGCGAUGACUGAUGGAAAGGCUCCGGACCGCGGCAAGCGAGGUGCAGGUGCUGCGGGUGAAUCAGCUGGACGCCAGGCAGCUAGAUGGCGAGAUCACGUCGAUCCUCAGGCAGCAGCUGCAAGAGGCCUCGCUGGCCGAGUGGCCGGAGCGCUUCGCACCGGAGCUGGAUGCCCUGCUGCAGGUGGCCCUUUGGAGGUACACGGUGUGGAUUGACGAGCCUACGCCUGGCGCCCGCUUGCAGAACCUCCGCUAUGGCGCGGUCGCCUGGCGAGGCAAGGUGGAAGCGCUCACAAAGCUUCAGAAGUUCGGCUUCCUGCUGUUGUGGGUACUGCUUCCUUGGCUUGGCCGGCGGGGGCAAGAGCUGCUGGAACGGCAGGGCUCGCCACUGGCGACUUGGCUGUUGCACCGGGCGGCGCCGAAGGUGGUGGCGCUGCAUAGCCUGCUGGUGGCCGGGAACUUCUUGGCCUUCCUCAGGUGGGGCUCCUUCAGCGAGCUCCGAGAUCGGCUCUUAGGCAUCCGCCUGGUGCACAUCGACCCGACUGCGCGACGGCAGGUGGCGUUUGAGUACAUGAACCGCGUGAUGAUUUGGAAUGGACUGUCAGAGUUUCUCAUGACUGUCUUGCCUUUGGUGAAUCUCAGCCGGCUUCGGCAGAACAUCACCAGGCGCCUUCGGCUGCCACAGGCGCCUGCUGCAUCCGCCGAGGGCGUUGGAGGUAUGAAUAGAGAGGCCCAGCGCCCAGAGAUGCCCCAGAGCUGCGGGUUCUGCGGUGCCUCGCCCAUGACGCUGCCUCUGCGCAGCAGCUGUAACCAUGUCUUCUGCUACUACUGUGUGGCCAGUGAGAUGAUGGAGAACCCCAAGGCCUCCUGCCCUCGGUGCGGAGAGCGUAUAGAGUCGUUGAGGCACUUGCAGUGAGGGCCAGUCGCUCUCGAGCAGAGUACAGACAGGUUCCAAAGGCACCCAAUCAAUGCCACACGCACUGACCAGUU